AUGAACAAUUGCUUAUCGUGUUGGAGCCACGCCCACGAGGGAGACAUCCCCGGGACGGUGGAUUUGACAGCUGCAGAGGGAGACGACACGGCGUACGGCCAGGCAUUGUAUCCUGUGCCAUCGGAGGAUCCCAACGAUCCUCUCCAGUGGCCCGAGUGGAAGAAACAUGUUAUUCUCGUGAUUAUUUCCUUCUUUUCGUUUCUGGGAAAUUGCUCCCUCGUCGGGCCCUCUGUCUAUAUCGCGAUCUACAGCGAGGAAUUCGGCGUCUCUCAUGCGGCCGCCUCGGGUCUGAUAUCAUACCCUAACCUGGCCUUUGGAUUUGGCUCCCUGAUCCUCGUCCCGAUGUAUCUCAAGUUCGGCCGUCGGCCAGUCACGCUCUUCUCGAUGUUGACGUUCGUUGUCGGCCUCAUCGGCGCAUCCAGAGCCACCAGUUUCUCGGGGCUCAUGGUGGCCCGCGUGUUCCACGGCUUUGGAAGCGGUGUCUGCGAGUCGCUUCCUGUGCAGAUCGUCAACGACAUUUUCUACCUGCACGAGAGGGGGAAGAGAAUCGGAUACUACACGAUCUGUCUGUGCAUCGGGUCCACCGGGCCCCUCUACGCCAGCUACAUGCUGUCAGGGGGAUAUUCCUGGCGACUGUUCUUCUACGUACUUGCCGCGUUUGCCGGCGCCCUGCUUAUUCUGUCAUUCAUCUUUGUGGAAGAAUCAGCCUACAAACGCGAGACCAAAGACGUCUCGCCGUCGCCAUCCAUUAACGCGGAUGCGAAGCCCGGUGUGCUCCAGGUAGACCAUGCCGACGUCUCUCCCAGCGCAAUCCCCAAGCGCAAGACCUUUGUGGAAACGCUCAAGCCGUGGUCCGGCAUCGACCACGACGCGGCCUUCUUCAUGACGAUGAUCCGGUCGUUCACAUAUUUCUUCGUCCCGGCUGUGUUCUGGGUGAUUACAACCUACGAACGACAGGCAUCUACAUCGGCCUGGACCAACUCCGGCCUCAUCGCCAUCGCCACAGCCGUCGGCUUCAUCCUCGCGAUCCCCUUCACCUCCCUAUCCGACCGGCUCGCCGCCCGCCUAACCCGGCGCAACAACCACAUCCGCGAGGCAGAGAUGCGCCUCCCAGCCCUCCUGCCGGUGAUGCUAAUCUCUCCCGCAGGGCUCGUCCUGUACGGCCUCACGGCCCAGCGCAACCUGCACUGGAUCGGGUACUUUUUCGGCGUGGGCAUGUCGCAGUUCGGGUCGUACUUCUACUUCACGCUGACGCUGGCGUACGCGGUCGACUCGUACUACGCCAACACGUCCGAGAUGCUCAUCGCCAUGAACCUGGGCAAGCAGGCCAUCUCGUUCGGCAUGGGCUCGUACCUGCUCGACUGGAUCCUGAGCAACGGGUAUGCGGUGGUGAUCUCGGGGAUCUUCUGCGCCGUGGCGCUGGCGAAUAAUCUGGCGUUGAUUGUGUUUAUGCUGUGGGGGAAGAAGAUUCGGCGCGCGACGAAUCGGUCGUGGUUGGGGAGGUUGCAUGCGCGGUCGGCGACGAGGGAUAUGACGCAUUAA